AUGCUGCAGCUCACUCCAGGCUCCAGCCUCGCUGCCGAUCUGUCCCCCGCUAUAUCGAGCUGACCUGUUUUCAGCACCAGCGACAGCUCCGGUGCUCAGCGGGGAUCGUCGCCGCUCCUCCCACGCGCGCACCGAGAGAGGACGGCACCCUGCCGCGGCCGCGCGCCACUCGUCGGCACCAGCGCAGGUGCGGAGCUGUCCACAUAUUCAGCACUUUCCUUCAGGACGACACAUCGAAGACAAGACAAAGACAGGCGCUUGAAAGACAGGAUGGCGUCCACACACGUCGGCCUUCUGCUGGUGUCGCUGGCGGUGGUUGGGAAUGUAGUGAUCCCGAUUUCUGCCUUCCCCACGCCGACCGCCUCCCCGGAUGACAAAACAGUGCACAACAGAGAGCUGACGGAAGAGAGGCCAUUGGAAGAGCAGAUCGCAGAGGCGGACAGUGUGAAGGCUGCAGUUCUGUCGGCUGAGAGCGGCCGUCCCUCUGCGUCCAAGGACAGUGAAACAAAGCAGGACGCGGAUGACGCCACCUUACUGAAGAAGAUGGCUGACGGCCAGAAAGCAAAGGAAAGCAGCGCCCCGUCGGUCAAGUCUGGUCAAGACGAUCGGUUCAUUCCAGAUGAAUCAGAUUCCACCAAAAGCCGGAGGCUGGUCGAGGAUUAUGACUCCACCAAGACAGGGAUGGACAACGGCAAGUACCAGGACGACCCGGAGAGCUUCCGGCAGGUGGACGGCACCCCACUGACCGCAGAGGAUAUUGUUCAGAAGAUCGCCAACAAAAUCUACGAAGAGGACGACCGAGGCGUGUUCGACAGGAUCGUCUCGAAGCUGCUGAAGCUGGGGCUGAUAACCGACAGCCAAGCCGACACGCUCGAGUACCAAGUGGCAGAAGCUCUCCAGGAUCUCAUCACUAAAAAUGCCAUGAAAAAUGAAAUUGCAGACACGGAAAGCAACGAUGAAGAAGUAGAGCAGGACGACCAGGCUGCAGACACGGAAGCGUGGGAGCAGCCCAGCCGACAAUACAACGAAGAUGAGGAGGAGGAAGAGGACGACGGCAAUGAAACGGAGGAUGAAGUGGACAGGGAUGUUGAAGAGGAAGGCGAUGCAACGGCGGACGACACUUGGGACAAAGAUGAAGAAGAGGGAAAUGAAGUGAACGGAGAGGACGGGCUCCAGGAUCUGCAGUACUUCCCCAACUUCUAUCGGCUCCUUAGAAGCCUAAACAAAGAGCAAGACACUCAGGAGCGGGAGACGCUCAUCACCAUCAUGAAGACGCUGAUCGACUUUGUGAAGAUGAUGGUGAAGUACGGCACCAUCACACCGGAGGAGGGAGUUUCAUAUCUGGAGAACCUGGACGCCAUGAUCGCCAUGCAGACCAAGAAGAAGCUGGGCAAGACUCUGGGUGCUCCGGAGUUUGCAGGACCCAAUGGUAAGAUUCUGGACGAGGACGACAACACCAAGGCCGAGGCAGCCAAGAUGCAGAAAGAGUACGAGAGCCUGAAAGACUCCACCAAGGAGGAGCAGCGGUCGACCGAGACCAAUCAACCAGGCAAGUCCGAGACAUACCUGGAGGCCAUCAGGAAGAACAUCGAGUGGCUGAAGAAACACAACAAAGAGGAGGGAAAGGAGGAUUACGACCUCUCCAAGCUAAAGGAUUUCAUGGACCAACAAGUGGACUCGUACAUUGAGAAGGGCAUCAUUGCCAAGGUCGAGGGCGACACCAUUAAGAGGAUCUACAGCAGCCUGUAACUGCACCCGCCAGGUCCCUCAGAGCUGAGGCUGCAAUCCUUCCGACUAAUUCACAGCAAAAAUAAAUCAACAAGAUUUGUUUUCAAUCAUCAACAACAGACGGGAGUCCAUAAACCCGGAAUGCCAAAUUGCAGAGCGACAAGUAAAGAGCAUUAAACUAACAGCAUUUCCUCCGACUGACCCGAGUGCAAAAUGAAUGUGAUGAGAUUAAGAGGCUUUUACGUCAUCUAUUGAUUGUCGAUCAUUCACAUAGCUGUCAGUCCAAACACGAUGACAACCAGGUCUGGUAUAGACUCCCAUUUGCUGGGUGGCCCCUGCCAAGAAUGGGGCUCUGCAUCACACCGCUGCUCAGAAUGUUCGGGCUGAGCCGUGUGACACCGUGUUCUCGUGUGUAACCCUGCCUUUAGCCUGGUGUGUUUAUAUUUCUUUCUUGUAUAUGUGCAAAAUGUAUUCCUGGAUUUCCUUUAAACGCUAUAGAGCGCUCUCAUAUGACGUCACUCCCUUUAAGUUGUUUUGCUGUAACAAUUAUAACCACAAGAGGGCAAUGUCUGCGUCAUCUUUCUCUGCAUGUCAUUGAGUGGAUUCCAUCUUUCUCACUAGACACAAGCAAGUAUUUUUUCAGUGUAAAUAGCUGUUUUUUUUCCUAAAACUGUCAAAGCAAAUAAAGAAUUUCCCUUUCUUUAACAGUGCACUCGAACGUGGAGUCAUUAAAAAGGGGACAUCAAUUUAAAUAGGGUUUUAUUUUGCCCAAAUAAAAGCGACAAAAUAUAGAAGCACAAUAAAAUAGCUGUUGCACAGACUGCUUCACACAUAAAUACAUUCACACUUCAAAAAUAGAGCUGCUGUCCCUUUCGUUCGCACCAAAGAGGUAAAUGUUCAAAGGCUCGAGUCUGUCCUCCUCCUGCUCUCAUAAACAAUACACAGCAAAUCCUGCUGCAGCACAACGAUUGAUCGGUGCCAUUGUUUCAUAUUUAGGUAGCCUGUCCUGUAGGGGGUGCUAAUGCAAGCAGAUGGGGCCUCAACGGCAGCUUGUGUCAAUGUGAAAUGAAACCAUGGGUUCUGAUAUGAAACUCUGCUCUGCAAAAAAAAAAAAAAAAAAAAAAAAAAGACAAAACAACAAAACAUA